AUUGGGCUGGCUGCAUUAUUUCUGAAUCCUUUCAUGAAAUCUCCUAUUACUGUGGGAAUCUCCGGAGAAUGGGGAAGUCUAGUGUUAUGGUUCAGACCGAGAGCAUUCUUCUGAAGACAGCGGCACAAUUAGCAUUCACAAAUUCAUUUCAAAAAAACGAUAUUAAUGAAGCAGCAGAAUCCAAAUUAUCUGUAACAGGGGAAACCAGGAGGAGGAAAAUAGCAAAUGCGAUAGAGAGGUUAGAAGCUAAAAGAUCGAUUGGCCUUAAUAUUAUUGACAAUAUUUAUUACUCUGUCAAACAAGCAAAGAACUUCACGGCAGAGGUUUCAAAAACAAUAUUACUAAAGACCAAGAAACAAACAGCUGAACAACCAGACUUGAAAAAACUUUCCAAGGGGACAGAUCACCACAUUUUCUCAAAAUUGAGCUCAAGGUUGUGCAAAUUUUGGAGUACCCUGCGAGCUCUAUGGGAGGAAUCUGCACCCUUUGAUUUGCCCAGGUUUAAUAAGUUUUUAGAAAAAAAAUACGAACUUAAAUAUCAUCAAAUUUUGAAGUCCCUGGCCGUCAUUGACAGGCGUGAUAUGUUUGAAGAAGAUGAAGAAAGUGGAUCUGGAAAUCAAAAAGUUGGUGAAAUUCCAUCGGAGGAAUACUCGUUGCAUGGGACCACACCUUCCAUUUUGACUGUACAAUAUAAUGCGUGGCAUUAUAGGAAUGAAACUGAGGCAUGGGCUGGUUUAGCAGUAAAAAUCACACAAGAAUUCGAAGCAACGAUGACGGUGGCCCACAAGUUGAGAACUAGCUGGAUAUAUAAUUGGAGAAACCACAGAGACAACAUUUGUUUGAAAGUGAUCUUCCCAUUCUUUCUUGCAGUAGUGGUGGCCAUCUUUCUCAGUAUUAUUAUAUGGUUGGUGCUCGGUACAGCCCAUAAUAAAGAUAUAAAGAAACUUAAAUAUGGAGGUGUACCGGCAUCCAUGAUUGUAGCUGCCUUGGGUUUAGGGAAGUCAGUCAUCUCUUUUGUGAAACCUAUCAGUCCACAAGUCGUGGACUACAUUUGUCUGCCAGACCAUAGCCAAAAGCUUGGUUAUCAUCAGAAGGUUAUUGAUGACAUCAAUUUUUUGAAAGAACACCUCUGUUAUAAACGCUCCUGGAAGUGGGAGGCGUUUGCUUUUAUAUGGUGCUGCAUUACAUGGAGUUGGGAUGAGAACUAUAUUCCAGGAACAAAGAUUCCAAAGAUGCCCCCUGCUUUCAGUGAUAAUCUUAGGAUAAUUGUCUUCGUCGACGAUCUCGAUCGUUGCGAAGAAAAUGUGAUUCUGCAGGUAUUAUCAGCAGUGAAUCUCGUUUUGGCCACUUGUCAGAUCAAUGUUAUUUUGAGCAUGGUAAACAGCAUGAUCCAAAGGGCAAUAAGAAGAAAGUACGGGAACAACAAUAGCAGAGCUAAUAACACGUCCAAUGAGGACUUAGCAGACAAAUUUUUAAGGAAAAUAAUUCAGCUGCCGCUACACCUACCUGACCCUAGUGACAAAGAGUCCAGGGACUUUUUGCAAAGCCAGCUAGGUAUGUGGGAUAGUAGAAAGGGGUCUGCCUUUAAAAAAGUCAAUACUGAUGCGCGUAGAAAAGCCAAUCCAAAGUUCCAAAUUGAAAUUUGGGAUCCAGAGAAACUGAGACCAGCUAGAGGAGAAACAAAUGAAUACUUUGCAGAAUCUGGAGCUGAACAACAAAGAGCAGAUACACCCAAACAAGGAUUAACAAAAACGGAAGAGCAUGACACAAUUGAGAAACCAGAAGGCUCCAGAGGUGAAGAAGCAAAGAUUGAGAUACACGAGACAAUCAGCAUUGAACAGCCAAUCAAAAUAGAUGAACAGCAAAAAGUAAUUGAGAAAGCAGAGAGGGUAUCUCCGAUCACAAAAAUAUACCGUUAUGUUUGUGCAUUACUGCAUUCGUGCAAUGUACGAUCAAACAAUUCGCAAUCCAGAGUUGGCGAAGCACCCGGCAUUGAACAGCGAAUCAAAAGAGACAAACAAGGUGAUCAAGAACAGCGAGAAGAGAGCAAGGGUGAGCGAAGUCUCUCCUUAAUAAUUAGUGCAAUGCUCAUCCCUAAGUAUACCCAGGGAGAAAUCAAUGCUUUUCACUUUCUUCAUGCUCGGUGCACACGCAAUAGAAAACUUCCCAGAGAGUGGAAAUGUUUGUUGGCAUACCAUCGGCUAGCAUGGAAUAUUUUGUCCCUAAGUCCCGACGUUGACCUAGUGGAAGGAUGGCAGGUUCAACUUAUUGUAUGGAUUUUCGUCUGCUGGGAAUGGAGGCACCUCAUAACAACUCUUAUACAAAAUUGGAACAAUCUUGGGAUUUUAAGAAAGUGGAAAGUUACAGAGGAGCAUAGUGGGCCUUCUCUGAGAGAGAUUGUUGAGCAUUAUAUCGAUGAGAGGUGGCCAGCUGACAAUAAGAGGGACAAUAUUCAGGGAGACAAUAAGAGCACCACAAAAAAGGAGCAUGAUGCAAUUGACAAUAUUCAGGGAGACAAUAAGAGCGCCACAAAAAAGGAGCAUGAUGCAAUUGACAGCCUCAGUAGUACUGAAGACGUGGAGAAGAUUAGUGACAGCUUGCCAGAGCAAAAUGUGAUAACAGAGGGAGAUGAUUAUCUCAGGGAAGUUCUAAGAAAGGUUUUGAAAGAUCAGGAGGAGAUGAGGGAAAUUUUAAGAAACAGUUUGAAAGAGCAGGAAGAGAUGAGGGAAACUCUAAGAAAAGAGCAGGAGGGGAUGAGGGAAGCUCUAAGAAAGGAGCAGGGGGAGAUGAGGGAAGCUCUAAGAAAGGAGCAGGAGGAGAUGAGGGAAGCUCUAAGAAAGAAUUCGAAAGAGCAGGAGGAUAUGAAAACUAUACUGGAAAUGAUCAAGAAGAAAGUUUUCGAAGAGGAAGAAGACAGGGUAGGAGAAGAAAACUCAGUGCAGCAGUACACAACGGCUGAGGAGCGAGAAGAAUGGAAUAGGCUGAAAGAAACAUUGCGGCGUUACAAUGUUUCAAUGGAUGGCAUUCAAGCAUUCCAAAAAUUUAGGUUCUACUGCAAGCCUGGAUAUCUUCCAUGGCCAUUGCCAGAACAAGCCUAAACUUCACCAAAUUUUUGUAUACGUUACGAAUUUAGGCAAGCACUCCUCCCAUGGAUUAUGCUUAUUUCAAAAUUUUUUUUUUUCUAGAAUUAAACUAUCUACUAAUUCUCUACUGAAGUAAAGUGGCUUGUUGGAACAAUUACUUGCAUCACUGAUAGUGUAGAUUAGGCAGAGGUUCAGUCAAUAGCAUUUUGAAGUUUAAAUUAAAUAGUCAGUGAAUAGGAGUUUAAUUAGUAGUAAAUUUGAAG